AUGGAGAAGAUAGAAUUAGUGAUGGUUCCAUUUGCAGUGAUAGGCCAUUUGACACCAAUGUUGGAGCUUGCAAAGCUGUUAGUGUCAAGUGACGACCGUAUCUCUGUCAAUUUCAUGGUGCUGAAUAUGCCGGAAUUCAAUACCGUCGAGAUUAGCUCCUUGGAAGAAUCUCUAUCUGGAUCUGGAAUAGACCGGACUCGAUUAAGAUUCUUACAACCACCGCUUGACACUCGCCAAUUGGUGACCAUAAGUAACCCAGCCACUUUCUAUUUCAACUUUGUCGAGACCCAAAAGCAUUCCAUCAUGGAAACCGUCGCCAUGCAUGUCAUCGGACGACCCAACUCCGGCCGUCUUGUUGGUUUCAUCGUGGACAUGUUAUCUUUAUCAUUAAUUGAUGUCGCUCAUGAAACUUUUAAUGUCCCUACAUAUGCGUUUUACAUAAGUUGCGCAUCUGUAAUCGGACUCAAAUACCAUAUAUUGUCUUUGAAAGAGGAACAUGGUAAGGAUAUUACCGAUUUCAUUGGUACCACCGACUUGGUGGUGCCGGGUUACCCACUUCCCGUUCCGACAAACGUUAUUCCCGCAGUCGCCUUCGACAAGGAUCACGGCGGUUCGGUUGCAUUUCUUUCCAUUGCUAAAAAUUUGAGGCGGGCUAAGGGAAUACUAGUGAACACGUUCGAGGAAUACGAGCCACACGCCAUUGAAGCACUAUCGAAUGACGACGGUGCGCCACCUGUUUAUCCUGUUGGUCCUAUGUUGAAUCUCAAAAACAAAACCAAUACCCAACAACAACGUAACCAAAAUGAAAAGAUAAUGCUUUGGUUGAACGACCAGCCUCCUUCCUCUGUUGUGUUCCUCUGUUUCGGAUCUGCAGGUACUUUCUGCGACGCGCAGCUGAAGGAGAUAGCUGUCGCACUCGAAAGCAGCGGCCAGCGGUUCCUUUGGUCGGUGAGGCUUUCGUCGCCGGAUGGAAAGCCUUGGUUGGUGGAGGAUUACGAUCAUGAUUCUUUGGAGAAAGUGUUGCCUGAGGGAUUCUUGCAACGGACUGCCGAUAUAGGGAAAAUUAUUGGGUGGGCACCGCAGGUGGAAGUGUUGGCGCAUGAGUCGGUCGGGGGAUUUGUGACGCAUUCAGGUUGGAACUCUAUACAAGAGAGCGUAUGGUUCGCGGUUCCUACCGCGAUUUGGCCGUUAUAUGCGGAGCAUCAGGCGAUUGCGUUUACGAUGAUUAAAAUUUUAGAACUCGCAGUUGAGAUUAAAAUGGAUUACAAGAUCAAAUGGGAAAAUAAUAAUGAAGUGGAGAUCGUGGAAGCGGAUAUUCUUAAGAAAGCGAUAAUAGAGAUAAUGGAUGAUAAAAGCGCCAAUAACAUCAAAAGAAGGAACCGUGUUAAGGAGAUGAGCCGGAAGAGCAGGAAUGCGCUUGAGGAGGACGGGUCGUCUUAUUCUUCUCUUCGCCGUUUCAUCGAUAAUAUUAUUUGA